AUGCCGAAAUAUUUCUAUAUCACCACUCCUAUUUUUUACCCCAAUGAUCGUUUACAUUUAGGACAUGCUUAUACUAUGAUUAUUGCUGAUAUUAUUGCCCGUUACAAAAAAAGUCAAGGUUAUCAGGUUUACUUCCAAACCGGCAGUGAUGACCACGAAUUAGGCAUUUCUGAACACAUUUUUUAUCGCACUUCUGCUUCCACCCAUAAAAAAAAAGUCCAAAAAAUUUUUACUGAAUUAUUAAAUGAAGGCGAUAUUUAUUUAGGGGAAUAUCAAGGAAGAUAUUGCGUUGCCUGUGAGGAUUACGUGAGCGAUAGUAAAGUUAUUAACAACAAUUUAUGUCCGACUCCUAAUUGUCAGUCCGAAUUGCGAAAAAUUAAAGAACCGGCUUAUUUUUUGCGAGUUAGUAAUUAUUACCAACAAUUGAUAGAAUAUUAUCAAAAAAACCCUGAUUUUCUUUUGCCACCUAAUAUUAAAAAAGAAUUAUUCGAAAAUUUUCUCAAAAAUGAAGGGCGAGAUUUGUGUAUUACCCAACCAGGCGAAACGCCCGAAACUGCGGCCAAAAGAGAAAUAUUAGAAGAAACUAACUUAACAAUUACGGAUUUGGAAAAGAUUGGCGAAGAAACCUUUUAUGCUAUUUUUAUCAAACCCGAAAAUAUUCUGGUUCAACUUGAUAGCCAAAAACCCGAUAGGGGUGCGGAAUAUGUGCUGGAAAAAUUAACCGGUGCCAAAAAGGAUAAAAAUUCUUGGGAAAUAGUGCAAAUAGUCGAGACCGGUUUUGGUAAUUUUAAAAAAGAGCAGCCAAAAGCAAAAACUGAAAGAAAAAAGUUAGAGGAAUACCAAAAAAAAUGUCAUUUGGUAGUGUCAGAAUUUCAAGAAAAAAUUAAUCAAUAUGAACUUACCGAGACAUUUUCUCAAAUCCAAAGUUUACUUAAUGAAAAAUUAGCAAAAAAAGGUGAUAUUUUACUUUUAAAUUUAACCCUUAAUUAUUUAACCAAUGGAAUAAAAAUUGCGGCUUUUUUGCUUGACCCGCUGGCUCCCGAAACCAGCAAAAAGAUUUUAGAGAUUUUUAAUGUUAAUCAACGGCAACUAAAUUGA